UGUUUUUGUUCGUCUGGACAGCAGCGCACGUCAAAGUUUCUGAAGUUUGUUCUACAUUUACUAUGUAAUCGUAUUGCUGUUCAGAGACAGGUUGUUUUUGAUGAACGUUACUUGUACUAGUACUAUAUCCAAUUUUAGCUUCGGGAGUAUGGGUCGUUAAAUAGACGUUGUUUUGCAGUUGUCGUACGCCUCACAUUAUUAAGUCGAUCUCAGAAAAAACACACUAGCUAGCUUAGCCUAGUUUGCCAUGCUUUCCUUAUAUUAUUCAAUUGCGAAACAAGCCAUGGGGAGAAAACUGCCUAAGUGAUAUGCGUACGUGUGUCCACUUUAUACUGACUUGUACUAGCUUUUUACCUGAAAAGACACCGGACUGUUCUUCUGGGUCAAGGCUUCCUCGCUGAUGAUGGAUCAGUACCAUAUUUUGGAGGUUAUCGGGGAAGGGUCAUUCGGCCGGGUGUACAAAGGCCGCAGGAAGUUUAGCGGCCAGGUUGUGGCUCUGAAGUUCAUUCCCAAAGUUGGCCGCUCAGAGAAGGACCUGCGUAGUUUGAAAAGAGAGAUUGACAUCAUGAGGGGGCUUAAGCAUCCCAACAUAGUGCUGCUUUUAGACAGCUUUGAGACAGAGAGGGAGGUGGUGGUGGUGACUGAGUAUGCAGAGGGUGAGCUGUUUCAGAUCCUGGAGGAUGAUGGGAGUUUACCUGAGAAUCAGGUGCGUGAAAUAGCCUGCCAGCUUGUUUCUGCCCUGUAUUAUCUGCACUCCCAUCGCAUUUUAUACCGUGACAUGAAACCACAAAACAUCCUGCUGGGAAAAGGAGGAGUAGUAAAGCUCUGUGACUUUGGAUUUGCUCGUGCCAUGAGUGUGUCCACCUUGGUGUUGACCUCUAUUAAGGGGACACCUCUAUACAUGUCUCCGGAAUUAGUGGAAGAGAAACCUUAUGACCACUCAGCUGACCUUUGGUCUCUGGGCUGCAUCCUCUAUGAGCUCCACACGGGGGCGCCUCCGUUCUACACCAACUCCAUCUUUCAGCUGGUGCAGCUUAUAGUGAGAGAUCCAGUGAAAUGGCCAGAGAACAUGAGCCAAGACUGCUUGAGUUUUCUGAAGGGAUUGCUAAUGAAAGACCCAGAGAAGAGGUUGUCAUGGCCUGUCCUGCUACAUCACCCUUUUGUUGCAGAUGGAGUUUUGAUGGUGUCAGAAGAGGGUUCAAGCAACCCCCUGACAGUCCCACCCAGCCCCGACCUACAAGCCCUGAAACACCAGCAGGCUGCUGAGAAGACAACCGCACGCAGCGGAGAGGGCAAACUACUGCGCAAAGCUAGAGAGCUUCGGGAGAAAGAGAAGAUUAACAGACGGGAGAUUGCGAGUGGAAGUGCUGCGCGCGCCAGUCAGACACGCUGUAAGACAGCUUCUGCUGGAGGAGCCCCCACCACUGGCCACUCAUUGGGCAGCACCUUUUCAGUGUAUCAAAAUUCAUCUCAGCCAGCAACCAAUGAGCAUCAAGCAAAUGACAUCAGUGUUACCAGAGUGCGGUCAGCUCCACAUAAAGGCCAGAUCAGUAAAGACUAUGAGAGGGAGUUCCCUUCGGUUGAGGUGGGACCCCGGCAGCUUCUGAAGCCCCCUGGACAUGCACGGACCAGUCUGGCUUCUGUCAGGAUGGACAGUGAGGAACAAGAUAUCGAUAGUGAUUCUGAGUGGCAACGAUUUAUUGAUUUAAGUUAUCAGGGCCCUGUAAACACUUCCAUUCUUCAGAGGUUAAAGACCAAGUUGCUUGUAACCAAAAACCAGCUAUUGGUCAGGAAGGGUGAAGAGACCUCUUCAACUCUACAGCCACUAAAGAUCCUCAGGAACAUUGUUCAGAGCUGUCAGUCUGGUGAUGUUGAAACACUGGGCAAAGAGUUGGAACUGCCUCAUCUACUGUUCAGUCUGAUUGAAGACAUCCUGAACAUUCCAGAUCUAAUGCAGGAGUCUCAGGGUGAGACAGUAUUGGGAGAUAUGAUGAAUGUGCUCAUAAUGUACCUGGAAAAGAGCCCAGGCUGGGAGAUAAAGGGAAGAAGACACAUGCAUGAAUCAUGUGAAAGCAGCCUACUGCUUGACUUUAAGGACUCAGAGCUUUGGCUCUGCUUGUGGGCUAAAGUAAACGCCUCUCUGGAAAACACAACAUCCCAGAUUUGCCAUUUCUCUCCUAACGGUCUGUACGUGUUCCUUUCUCUCGCUUUAUUGGUUUUCUCCAGCGAUCCGUAUAACUGUAUGGCUCUCCUGUCAGAUAACUCCACAAACUGCUCCUGUGCCCUCAGCCACCUUCUCACCACCAGUUGCAGCGCUUCAUUGCUUGAGCGGGGUCUUUUCUGGGGUGACUCAGAAAUAAACAGCCUAUCAGUGAUGAGCUGUCAUCUUCUCUGCAUCCCCUUCUCUCUGGAGUUACCCCUAGAUAAACUUAUUUCUGUUCUCCAAUCGUAUCAAAGCUCACAUAUUGUGGCCGGUCUAGUUAAGAUGAUUCAAACUCUUCCCGUUGCCCUGGUGGAGCUUCCGUUGUGUCUUCUUAAUCGUCUGCUGGUAUCUGAGCCACAGCACACUGCUCCAUGCCUUAUCACUGCAGCCCAGGCCUCCGCUUUCCUCCCUUACAGCACAGAGGGCUCAGACAAUGGAGCAGACCACACUCAGAAUCAACUUAACCACUUCGGGAAUGGUGCGGAGCGAAUUAAGAGCAAUGGAAUCGCAAAGAAAACCAAGAUAGAUCAUAUCAAAAGUGACAUCAAAUCAAAGAAGAGGUUCGAGCGGCUCAAAGGCAACAUAGAUGCAUCUAAGGAAAAAAAUUAUUCCAUAAAGACGCAAUACCAGCCAUCCAGAAACAAGACUGAGAAAAUCAGAGAGGUCCAACCAAAAACCAAAAUAUAUCCACAGAACACCAUGGAACAACUAAGAGAUAAAACAGAGCAGCAGAGCGGUUGUAUAGAGGAGCUCAUGGACAGUUUGGAGAUCCAUGGCAGUUCUGCAGGACGUCUCCAAGACCUCUCACCUCAGCCAGGGUGCAGCAUCAGCUGGCUUAUAGACAGUCUGGAGGAAUUAAGAAGUUGUGAUCACCCCAAGAUCUCCACGGCUAAAAUUCGAUCUUCACCAGAAGAGGUCAGAACAGCAGGUUCUCUGUUGGCUGUUCUGCUACAAAGUGAACUUCUCAGUGGGUGUGCAGUGGAACUCCUUAUCCUUCUCUCCCAACUAACACGUCAUCUCACCCAUCAGUCUUCCUUCUUUCUUCCUGUCGAAACCACCCAACUGCGGUUUGCAUUGCGCCACCGCGAUGAUGGAAUCCGAGCGGCCUGCUGUGGCUUACUGGGCCACCUGGGCUCAGGUGUCAGGCAGGUCAUUGGUGAAUCAAAGUUCGACUUAUUCCAAGAUCUGUUAGGUUGCUUAUGUGAUCCUGCUCCGUCCAUUCGUAGGACAGCCUGCAAGGCGGUGGGAAACUGGCUGAGUGUAAUGGGAAAAACCGAUCUAACUCUUUCUAAUAAAGGUUUCAAGAAUACGACUGACGUUAAUGCCUUGUCAGUACAAAACAAAUUGAGGAGGACACCAGCAAUGGAAGGCGUCAGACAUAGUGAGAGAGACGUAUGGAUAGAGCUCGCCAUAGGAGCUGCCCGUCCCCUCGUGUCUCUGCUGUCAGAUGCUGAUAAUGUCAUUCGACAGCACUGCUGUGGGGCUUUGGCUAACCUGGCUGCUUUUGGCGGAGGGGAUGGAGCACUUCUCAAUGCAGAUGCUCCAGGCAUGAUUCUCCAAACUGCCUGUAAUGAUUCCCAUCAUGCAGUGCGACGGGUGGCUGUGGCCACUCUGCGUGUGUUUAGCCAACAAAACACAUUACUGCAGGCUCUGAGGUCUCUAGAUGCAGGAAGAAAACUCAGUGGCACAUCCCAAAGCUCUUUAUUUCAGAGGGAUUAUCGAUGGCUUGUCAGCAAGUUGGACGGGUCGGUUGAAGGAAAAACAUAAACAUCAGCCUCAUAGUUUGUGUGUAAGCCAGAGGAUGUAAUUUCACAUUAUUCAAAUAUGGAUUGCUUGCUGCGUCUGUGGCUGGAAAAGCUUUCUUUUUGCCUGUAUUUAUUUGAUCUGUGAUCAAAAGAGUUUGACUACAUAUUCUGAGAAAAUGGCAUUAACUCAAACAUCCCCAAAAAAAUAAACAUUAUAUCUUACAUUUAAAUGUAUAUUUAGAUAUAUUUCAAAUGUAAGGUUUUUUAUUAUUAUUCAGCGAAUGUUUGCAUUUUUGAUUCACACACGGAUAUUUAAGACUGUUAAGAUUGUUUGCUCGCUCUUUUUUUCUGUAUAUAAUAACAAAACUGCACUUGUAUUUUUAUGAUGUGACUAUUUUGCAGCCUUAAUUGUUUGUAUUUAUUAUUUCCUAU